AUGGACGAUGCGGAUUUGCUUGCUUUAUUGCCAGAAGUGCAAGAUGCUCUGGCCGGAAACUUCGAGGGCAUCGAGUGCACAGUCGGGCCCGGACCCGACCUCUCCUCGAAACCCUUUUUCAUGCCUUUUCCACAUCUCGGCAAGCAGAUCACCUUCCUGCCCGACAUUUCACACGUCGACAACGCCGGUUUCGACCCGGCCGGGCUUCACAGGCUGCCGCUGAGCAAGACCUCAGCGGUGUUCACCGACGGCCAGCCGGGCGCCGCGUUGGAGUUGGUGCUUGGGAGGGGGAGUGACUGGAAGCGGCCACUUAUCGAUUUGUUUACGCGGCUCUACCCCUCAAAGUGGGCAUUUCUCGUGCUCGAGCUCGAAAACGGGCGCACGCUCUUUCAUCUGCUCUCCGCGACUAGUGCACCAAUUUGUGGGACCGGGAAGAAAGAAGACACCCCGGAUUCUGUGGACGCGCAGUCUUCCGCCUCUCCCAGCGAGUCGAGCGAGCCAAAGUCCGGGAAUUACACGCUUUGGAUCGUGCCUGUCAGUCGGGUAUUUGCCAUCCCGCCACCGAAGAAGAAAGUGAUUCGCAGAGUCGUGAAGAAGAAGUCGCCGGGCGCCACGGAGAACGGAACGAACGGGACGAACGGUACCGAGGUGGUGGCCAGCGAAAAGAAGAGGGUCAUCAAAAAAAUCGUGAAAAAAGCGGACGGAACCGAGUCGGUGACGACGGAGACCAGGGUUGAAGGUUCGACCCCGGCGGUGGUCCCCAAGGCUACGGUAGUUAGUAACGGAACCAACGGAAUAGCUACCGAAGCGAAAUCGCCCAUCCUCGAAAACGGCAAGCCUCAACGCCAAAAAUCUCCUUCACCCCUGGAGGUGGAACGAAAAAAGCCUGCCACGCUCUCAUCUACCGAGCCGCUGAACGGCUUGCCCAACGGCUCGACGAAGACGUUGACCAACGGCUCAACCAACGGCUCGGUAAACGGCGCGACCAACGACUUGACCGAGCCGAUGACGUUCGGCUACGGCGACAUUGGCAACGAGGGGCCGAAGAUGAACGGCGGCGCGAACACAACGACGAUCACCCAAGAACGAAAAAAUGCGCUGCUCUCGAAGUACCUGAACGGGAACCGGAGCACCGACGAGAAACCACAAGAAGAAGCGCCGGAGAGCCCGGUGUCCAAGACGAACGGCUAUCACUGCGAUGAGAGGACGGUGAAUGGCAGUAGCGGAUAUGGGAGCGAGACGAACGGCUUGGAGGCGGGCAGCAGCAGCUCCUCCCUCCUGACCUCAUCGUGGGUAUCUACAGUACCCUCUGUCGCAUCCCUCUCUCGAUCCCCAUCAACCUCAUCAACCAUCCGCCCGGAAGACUUUGACCACGCCUCCACCAGGACUCGCUCCGAACGGCUACGGCAGCGCCUCGCUAGCCUGGACCGUCAGAAUGGUGUGGAAAGGAGCGGCAGCUCGGCCACGGUGGAUAGGCAAGAAGAACCCGGCUCCUCGCUGAACGGCGCCGACUCGUUGACGGAUCUACGAAAACGGCUGACCGGACUGACGCGCGACACGAGCUUCACCAGCAGCAGUACGACCAUUAAUGACAAGUUCCAAUCAGCGCUGCUGGCCUCCCGGAAGUCGAGUCUUGUCGAGUCGGGCCAGUUGCAGCCAUCUGGAUCGAGGAGUUGCAUCGGGGAACCCAGCCGAAAGAGCCGAUCACCACCCCUAGGGCCCAUUGUCGAGGUCGUGACACCAGAGGGGAGACGCCGUUCCGAAUGUGACAUUUGCACCGAUCCGCUGAUAAACUGUGGAUGCGGGGGAAAAGCUGCGCGUCGAAAGGCCGAGGUGGAGCGCUCGAUGACGCCAGCACAAAUGGGUGCACCGGAAAUGCCGAGCCAAUCCGGUGACCUCCCUUUCGUCGUGCUCAACAAGGCGCUGCGGUUGAUGAGCUAUCAGGAGCUGGCACGUCUUCGGCAAGUGCACCCCCAUUGGGACGAGAUUUGCGGGCAGAUGCUGAACAGCGGCUACUAUCAGCUCAUCGACAAGUCGGACAAGCUAUUAAUGCGUCUGCAGCGGCUUGUGCAAAAGGAUCCUGGGCUCUACUAUCCGACCAGCGUGCUCACCAAUAUUCAGGUCCACAUCCUCAACCAGGUCGACGUCAUGCGAGCCGCGUUGGAUGAGGGAGUCGGCUGCUUCCCCUACGGCAUUCUCCUCGACAAGACAUUCGGCUUUCUGAAGCAGAUCGAGGACAUGAUCAACAGCGGCAAGCAGACUGACGUCUCCUGGGAGUCUGUAGCCGUUUUGGCCAAGCGAGCCUCGAUGCACUAUAAGGACAACUUGGAGGGAAUCAUGGAAGAACGACUUGGGGAAAGUGCUCGGCUGAAGGCAGCGCACAAGCUCAUCCGGCUCGACUCGUUCUUGGUGGAGACCUCUGUGCAGAAGAUGGAAAAGGAUAAUGCGAAGACCCGAGACGACAUCAUGUGGGAGAUGGAACAACUACAACAAUCGAAUGAAAAACUCCGAAAAGACAACCGCGAACUGAAGCAGAACCAGAUGAAGCUGGAGGCCCGCAUCGACAUCCUCGAGCAAAAAUUCAAAACGAUGGCGCGCCUAUUUUCA